GCACGGAAAAUAGAAAAGGAAAAAAAAAAAAAAAAAAAAAAGAAAAGCAAAGAGAGUAAGAGUGAAGCCACCCCCAGCCCCAGCCCGACAUGUUCUGAAGUCUUCUCUGCUUGUAUGCAACGGCCACAGCACUGCGCGUGAAACCGAUUGUUGCAGGCUCAAGAUCCGGGUCGACCCGUCGCAGAUCCGAUCCAAGCAAACAUGAAUAUUUUCAGGUUAGCUGCGGACAUGACCCAUUUGGCCAGCGUCCUCGUCCUCCUCCUCAAGAUCCACACCAUCAAGUCCUGCGCCGGUGUCUCAUUGAAGACUCAAGAACUUUAUGCAGUUGUUUUUGCUGCUCGCUAUUUGGAUAUCUUUACUAAUUAUGUAUCUCUCUAUAAUACCGUUAUGAAGUUGAUAUUCUUGGGAAGCUCAUUUUCUAUUGUAUGGUACAUGAGGUACCACAAGGUUGUUCGUAGAUCAUACGACAAAGACCAAGAUACCUUUCGGCAUUACUUUCUUGUAUUGCCCUGCUUACUAUUGGCCCUAUUAAUCAAUGAGAAAUUCACAUUUAAGGAGGUGAUGUGGACAUUUUCCCUGUAUUUGGAAGCUGUUGCUAUACUUCCUCAACUAGUACUUUUACAGAGAACUAGAAAUAUUGACAAUUUGACUGGACAAUAUGUCUUUCUUCUUGGUGGAUACAGAGCAUUAUACAUUCUCAACUGGAUCUAUCGCUACUUUACUGAGCCCCACUUUGUCCAUUGGAUAACAUGGAUUUCUGGCCUUGUUCAAACACUGCUCUAUGCUGAUUUCUUCUAUUACUAUUUCCAAAGCUGGAAGAACAACCAAAAGCUUCAUUUGCCAGCAUGAUGUAAUCCUGCUGUUCCUGAAAAGCAGGACCUAUGUGAACAUUUAACAGUGAGAGCAGAGAGGAUCCACAAAGUUGUCUGGACACAGUGGUUUCUGAUUUACAAUUGCAUAUUUGUUCGUUUUGCCACCCCAAAUGCUACUGUACUAAUUACUAGGAAGAUUAUAGACAAAAAAAAAAAAACAUUGUCUGUGAUUGUAAUCUGCAAUUUCAACUUGAAAAAGUAUUGAGAUCCAGAUUGUGACACAAUGCUUAUUUCGAUCUUUUCCUCUUCCCUCUCUUCAUUCAACUUGGGUAGUGUUAAUAAAGAUUUCUUGCUUAGAUCAAA